AAGAUAAGCUGAUGACUCUUGGUCACAGUUAUGAACUCUUGGUUCAUUUUCAAGCGCAAGCUAUGACUCUUGGUUAUAGUGACGAACUCUUGCACUGGGUUGCAAAAAGAAAGAAAAUGAAGCCGGAUACGACACUUAACAUUAAGACGCUACAGGUAGAACACCAGAUUUUAACAGCCGGAAAUUCUGGAUUCCAAAAUAUUGAUAAUCAUCAGAGAAAACAUUAUCAAGAAGAAACGACAGAUAAUGUUGAAUUGGAAAAGUUCAAUGAUGAUGAGCAUUCCACGUCUAAUUCCAAAAUUGAUCAUAAACAAAAGCAACGUAAGACUAAAAGUGGAAGAAUUAUUAUACCGGAUUAUAAUGAAGAUUCUUCGGAUGUUGUCGAAGAAGCAGGAUUGGAUCGAAGUAAUAUUAGACAUGAGUCAUCGACACCAUCAAAAAAAAACGAUGUCGAAGUUGACGAGAUAGAUAUGACGCUGUCAGAGAAUCCAAUCGUUGAGAGAUUGAUGAAAGCUGGUGGAAUUGGUCGAUAUAAAAUUGUCUUUUUGCCGGAGGAAAACGAUUGUGAUGCAAUCAAGUUAACACUCAAUAAAAAUGAAUGGUCAAAACUAGAAACAGAUUGGUUUGAUGCUGAGAAGACCACGGUACCUUCCAAUAGUGGAAUGAACGAGAAUACUGUGAUUGUAAGUCGUGACAAAUAUAGUUUUACUCGAGAAUGGCCUACGCAAUGGAUCAAAUCAGUUUGUAAUGCAUUUUUACUGUGUUUCCAACUACCAAUAAACCCACUUCACGAUUGUAAUUUAUCCGAAUAUUCCUAUAGAGAUAAGAUUGUUAAUCGUAUUAUAGAGGAUACUUUUCUAGACACAUAUAAUUUUGUUCAUGUUAUGACGGGUGAAGUCGAAAACACAGAUCGUAAAGAUCAGAAAAAUUCUGCAAGACCACAAGGGCAACGACGUUCUGUUGGAUGGGAUCAUGACGCUGUAAUAAUAAUGAAGGCAAACAAUGUUGAUUAUCAAAUAGGGUUCGGUGAGGUCGUAGGUAACGCCUGCAUACAUGACGAUAAAAAAAUGACAGAGGAUCAAGAGAAAAUGUUAAAAGCGAUGCAACUUGGAUUAUUCCGAUUACGAAAAUUACUCUGUCAACAAGAAGUGGAUGAAAACGGAAUUCGUAAAGCUGAAACAUUCGGCAUUCUUGUUUAUAGAAAAACUUUUUGUUUCUAUUCUAUGCAUUAUAUUGACGGCUUAUAUCUAGUAGAUCAGUUUGAAGGAUUUACAAUUCCGGAUAAUUCCGGUCAAUUUGUAGAACUUUUAAAUAUUAUAGAAAUAAUGUUUUCUUUUAAGCAACGUGUCAUGAAUCUUCAUAACUUUGUUCAAAGUUUGUUUAAUAAACAAAAAUGUAAAUUUCGGCGAAGAUUUCUUACUAAUGAAAGUGCUAUUAAGGCUUCACCAAAAAAACG